UCCCCAUUCUCUUCCUCUUCCGUUCCGUUGGCGACUUCACCUAGCAGCGACGCGAGCAAAGCCCCAGCCUGCGACGCCAUGGCCGCAGCGCUCCGCUCCCUCCGCCGCCAUCGUCUCCUGCCGUACGCGCUCCUCGGACCUCUCCCCAAGCUCCACGCCGCCGCCGCUGCCAGCCUCCCUUCGAUGCGCGGCGUGAAUUCCUCUCCCCCUCUGGUGUCCUCGGUUCUCCGCCGCUACUGCUCCGCCAGUACUGCCAGAGGAGGAGGCACCGCCAUCGGCCUCGCGCCCGUGCGUCAAGCCCACUUCUCUCCGAUGCCGAUGCGCCACCACGGCUGCACCAAGGGAGCCGCCCCCUCCGGUGUCCCUUCCCUCCGGCGUCGAGCUCUCUACAUGCCCCGUCGUGCGUACUACCCUCCUGAGUUCAACUCUCUGCAGCAGUGCAGCGACGAGGAGGCUGCAUGUUUUCUGCUCCAAAAGCUGCAGGCCAUUGACAAGACGUUGGAGCAACUCAAGAGGGUCCUGGUGUUGCAGGCUUUCCUUGUUGUACUGUUCUUGCAUCUGUUGUUCCGGAAAGUGGCAGCCCUUGGAGAGAAAAUCGGCAAGCUUGAAAGGCGCCGAUACUGAGAGUCGCGGCCGAGCUCCAAAGGUUGUAGGGUCAGGUGUCCCUACUGGUGAUGGUCUCGCAAGCACGAUGCUCGUCAAAUACUCAGUGUUGUCAAGUGCAUUGUGCCGGUUUUGAAUUGGGUAAUGAAACUAAUCCGGUUUAGGAGUCGAUCUUGACUUGUUUAUGCAUGCACGGACGCAGCCCAAGUGUGAAUCACUGAAAUGUUAUCCCAUGAGCGGCGCCGUCAAUCAUUGUUCUGUCUUGCAUCGAUUUCUAAGUAUGUGCUUGCUUGUUACGAACUA